UCCACAACACAAACCUACUGGUCGGAAUAAUUUCUCCGUUUCAACCGUAAACGUAAACGGUUUACGUGCAUUUACCUGACGGUGGCUUUAUUAAACAUUUAUCCCGUGUAGGCCGCCGUAUUCAGCCAGUUUCCAUCGGGAGUACCCUGUCAGCCCUUGGCUCCACUGCAGUUUGUGGAUUAAGAAUUCCGUCGGGAUGCGUCUGCGCUGGGGUAUCGCGGGCUGCGGCCGCAUCUGCAAUGAUUUCGUCGCCGCCCUGCGCUCCCUCCUGCGGAGCACCACCAGGUGGUGGCGGUGGCGGCGCGGGAUGCUGCGCGUGCCGUGGAGUUCGCCGGCCGUUUCGACAUCGCGCGACCAUACGGAUCGUACGAGGAGCUGGCGUUUGAUCCCGAAAUCGAUAUCGUAUACGUUGGUGUGAUUAACACCAGCCACCGGCGCCUGUGUGAAGUGAUGCUGAAUAACAACAAACACGUCCUGUGCGAGAAGCCCCUAACGCUGCAUCUGGACGACACGCAGCAGCUGAUUGAGUUGGCCCGAAAACAAGGCAAAUAUCUCAUGGAGGGCAUAUGGAGCCGUUGCUUCCCGGCGUAUAAACAGCUGAAGGAGGAGCUGGCCCAGCAGACGAUCGGGGAGGUGAGGCUGCUGACGUGCAACUACGGCUUCGCCCGGCGCAGUGUGCCGAAUCUGACCGAGCGGGACAUGGGCGGCGGGAUUCUCUUCAACGUCGGCUGCUACGCCGUCCAGCUGGCCAAUCUCGUCUUCGGCAGCGAGAAGCCCGUCUCUGUCAAAGCCUCUGCCCUCUUCAACUCCACCGGCGCUGACGAUACGACGGCGGUGAUUCUGCAGUACGCCAGCGGCGCAAUGGCCCAAUUUAUGGUGUCCAUGUCCAUGAAACUGGACAGCACCGCCAAAAUCGUCGGCACCACCGGCGAAAUGGAGCUACCCGGCACGUUCAUCGCCCCCACGGAACUGCGCGUUAACCAGCAGACCCGGCUGUUCCCCCUGCCCGCCGCCGAUCCGCGCUUCAAGACCAACUACACCAACUCCGUCGGGCUGGCCUAUCAGGCCGAAGAAGCCCGCCAGUGUAUCCUUAGCGGCCAGAUUGAAAACCCAUGGAUGACAUUUGAGGACAGCAGCCGCAGUGCGCAGCUGAUGGAGCGCAUCUGCAAAGAAACCGGACUCAAAUACGACUAACAUCGAUGGUCCGUUGGUCCAUAGUUUGAGCAUUUCUUCGUUAAUGUGAUUCUGCGCUGUAUGACUGCCUUGGGAAUGUAGUAGUGAUUUUCAGGGCUCAUGUGAUAAAUGCGGUAUGCUUUUGUUGGUGGGUGUUCAGUGCGGCUGGGACAUUUUGCGGAAAUAAAAUUCGUUCAGGCAACCAUCGACUGACACUGCUAAUAAAAC